AAUAAAUCAAAUACGGUCACAACACACAUACACACACUCAAUAAAAAAAACCUUUUUUUUUCUUUUUUUUUCUCUCUCUGUCUCCUGUCUCUCACUCACAUUAAUUACAAAACAUGCCUAUUCUCGAGCUGGUUCCUGAUGAGCCUACGACACCAUUUUUACUCGACGCCACCAAGAAACCCACGUUGGAGCAACUGACACGAGAAGAGCACGAGGCACUGAUGGAUGCCAUUGCGUCACAAAUAGCUCAAGAUCCCGCUUCAAUGACACGACUGGUCCAAAAGUAUAUGGCUGUUGCGACAAGACGAGAUUUCAACACAAUUAAUGUACAACCCCAAGCAGGUUUUGUUUGUAAAACCAGAGUGGUGACAUCGAAAAACAAGAAAUACCCUGUGAACACGGCUGUCUAUAUUAAUAUUUGUCAUGCAGCCAGCAUUCCUGCACCACCUUUAUCGACGGAAAAAGAAAUCCAGAAAGCAUUGAAUGCAGAACCUGAUGCGUAUUAUAAAGUACCCUUAAAUAUGGGCAAGGAACGAGUCGAUGGAGGUGCAUUGAUCAUGGACGCUUGCAUCCAUACGCAACCUUAUUUAAGGAGUGAAAGAGACCUGGAUUUUAGGCUCUACAUAUUAGAAUUAUCGAUGGAAUAUGUCGAAGAAAUCGCCCAUGUAAAAUUAAGCAGAGAAUUCACUAUGCCAUUGAUUGCGAGUAAAGGAGCGAUCCCAGCUCGGUUAUUGCGAGUACCCAAGCCUUCAUUGUUGACAGCCGUCAAAAGUGAAUUAAGCAUAAAUCAUGUGGAAUGGAAAUUGGAGCCCAAGAUCAAGGUGGAUAAAGAGAAUGAAAUGGUUAAUGUGAUUAUUCGUAUGCCGGAUAAGAAUUCGUCCUCGUGGACAAUUGAUAUUACAACCAACAAGAUUAUUUUAAAUAUACAGGGUGGAUUUUUAUAAAGAGAGUAAAGAUCUUGUGUUGCAGUUGAAAUCACUGGAGAGAAGACAAUACUUAUAGUCAAAUUAAAAAAAAAAAAUUAUCAAGUGGGGUAAUUUACACGUCAUUAUUCUAUUGGUUGGUAAUUGACUGAAUCCAUUGGGUGUGCGUCAAGGGGUUGUUUAUUUCC